GUCCAUGGUUUGUCAUGUCGUGACGAUUCGGAGUAGGUGCAUGACUAUAUAUGCCAGGGACAAUGUUCGUGUCGCCCAGUUUCUUCAGAGCCAAACGAUACAACACAGCCACGAGGACUAAUUUAUUUUUCACGUUCCAUGGAGAUGUCGUUUAAUUUCCGGAAUCCUGUCCUGCUCUUGUUAUCUUUGGCGGCGAUCGUCGGAGGCAACCCCAAGUUUGACGAUGGAGGGUUCAUACCGAGUUCCAUGAUUUAUCUGGAAAAGAACGCAAAGUCCCAAGAUCAGAUAGCUAUGCCUUCCGAGCCAAGGCUACGCAGUGAGACAUCAACAAAGCGGAGUGACGUGGACAACGACGUGGAUAUUACGGACCGCAGCCAAGAACCUCGAUUUGGUUUCACGAACCUUGGUAGCACAGGAAGCGGUUACGGAGUAUCAACGUAUGCUCCGGCGAAGAUAGACUUGGGAGGAUUGUUCUUGGGCGCUAUCAUAGGGAUAGGUUCCAUCCUCAUCAUACCUAAACUACUCUACAUUCUUUCUGGCACUUACGGCCAUUAUGCAAGAAGCGAGGAGAGUGGCUUCGCUCAAAUCAUGACAAGAAUGGACGACGUUCUGGCUCGUCACGGUAUCGACACGACAUCCUGCAUGCAACGAGCCGUCUGUACUUAUUCGCAACAGGCCUCCUCGUCGGUGAAAGAGGCCAAUAAGCUAAGCGACGAUGAGAAGGCCUCGUCGUUCGAUCGCGUGAUCGAUACGAUCACGACGAAUCAGAUUUUCCGAACGGCCAUGGAAGGAACCGCGAUACAAGAAGCGGUGGAAGCAGGGAGAGCCGGUCGAAAUUGUUCGCGGACUUAUUCACAUUGCGGAUUUUCCAUGGAAACGAUACUGUCUUUAUUAUCGAACGUAAUUACCACUGUCGCCGCAGUUAAUACAGGAACCACGACGCCCACAGGAAAUGGCACGUUGUAAUCGCUAAGAGUGAAAAUUUCUGAUUACGCGGUAAAAUAUCCUACUACGAUUCUCGGACAUUGAAGCGUAAUGGAAAUGUAGUCGUCUUUAGGUAAAGUUGAACAGGAUAGUAACGAAGAAUACAUUAGCGCCAUAUGAUAAACCGUAUAUCAUAUUAUACGGUUUCAUUUACGUAAUCGAGUAGUCAUUUAUCAUAAAUACGAUCAGUUCCUCGUGAUGCAAUUGAAAUAUUAUUCGUAAAUGAAAUUAGUCGCAAGUAUCUUUUAACAAAUAAAAAAGGAACAAAUUGCAACAAUUUCCUUUUACGUUUAUUUGGUCUUACACGCAUGCGAACCGAGAAAAGUGAAAUUGUUCCCGCGUAAUAUGACGAAGUCGCUAGUUCGCGCAAUUUGGCGCGUAACGCGACGACUUUCCUUCGACGUAGACACUUAUUCUUUACACAAUCCUCGUGUAAAGCAAACAGGACCGUAUGUAAUUACAUAGCGUGACGAUCUGUUAUUUUUCAGUGCGAACACGAUGUACAACGUUGUACGCUAUUUUAAAGGUUCUACGAUCUCCGAUGUAGAUACGAUAAUCCUUUAGAGCGUACAUAAAUAUAGAAUUUUUCCAUUAAAAUGUAUGAGUCGUGUGCGAGGUGUUGAUUCCUAAGAGAAUUAAAAUGAACUUUGUCAAAUUAACGUGAAAUAUCGAACCGUCGAUAUUCGAAUUGGAACUUAAGCCCCCAAGAUAGUUCUCGAGGAAUUCGUUCUUAAUUACAGAUUAUACAGCACUAUGAUAUAUUCACGUUAGUAAAGUGCAGUUUCGCUUUUACAGAAAAGAUGUUGGAAAUUCUCUGUUAUACUCUGCACAUGUAAUUAUAUGUAUAUAUCCUAGAAGUUCUUUGGUCCUUAGCAAAAUACAUAAAUCUUCGUUGAACGCAUUGUUAAAGCUAUGUAAUUUAGUUGACAUUAAUAAAUUCAACAAACACAAGCAAUCAA